AUGGUCAAGGAUACCAAACUCUACGAGUGUCUGGGGGUUGCUCCCGGGGCCACUGAUGCCCAACUGAAGACUGCCUACAAGAAGGGUGCUCUCAAGUUCCACCCAGACAAGAACGCCGAUAACCCCGAAGCCGCCGAGAAGUUCAAGGAGUUGUCCCACGCCUACGAGAUUCUGUCCGAUGGCGAGAAGCGUCAAGUCUACGACCAAUUUGGUGAGGAGGGUCUGGAGCACGGUGGUGCCGGUGGUGGUAUGAACGCCGAAGACUUGUUCUCUCAAUUCUUCGGCGGCGGCGGUGCCUUCGGUGGCAUGUUCGGCGGUGGCAUGCGUGAUACCGGCCCGAAGAAGGCCCGUACCAUCCAUCAUGUUCACAAGGUCAACCUGGAGGACAUCUACAAGGGCAAGGUUUCCAAGCUUGCUCUGCAGAAGUCGGUCAUCUGUGCUGGCUGCGAUGGCCGCGGUGGCAAGGAGGGUGCUGUCAAGGAGUGCACAGGCUGUCAAGGUAGCGGUAUGAAGACCAUGAUGCGCCAGAUGGGUCCUAUGAUUCAGCGCUUCCAGACUGUUUGCCCUGACUGUAACGGUGAGGGUGAGAUUGUUCGCGACAAGGACCGCUGCAAGAAGUGUAGUGGUAAGAAGACCAUUGUUGAGCGCAAGGUUCUUCACGUGCACGUCGACAAGGGUGUUCGUGAUGGCCACAAGAUCGAGUUCCGUGGUGAGGGUGACCAGAUGCCUGGUGUUCUUCCUGGUGAUGUCGUUUUCGAAAUUGAGCAGAAGCCCCACGCCCGCUUCCAGCGCAAGAACGACGACCUGUUCUACCAGGCUGAGAUUGAUCUGCUCACCGCGCUUGCUGGUGGCACUAUCCACAUUGAGCACCUGGAUGACCGAUGGAUGACUGUCAACAUCGCCCCCGGCGAGGUUAUCGUUCCUGACGCUAUCAAGGUCAUUCACGGCCAGGGUAUGCCCUCUUUCCGUCACCACGACCACGGCAACCUGUACAUCAAGUUCGACGUCAAGUUCCCCGAGGGCUCGCAGCUGCAGAACCUCGAACUCCUGGAGAAGGUUCUCCCCCCUCGCGUCCACCAAACCCAGCCCCCACCCGAUGCUAUGGUUGACGACUUUGAGCUCGAGGGUAUCGAAGGCAGCGAGCCUGCUCAGGCCCGCGCCCACGGUGCCGCCGGUGGUAUGGACGAGGAUGACGAUGAUGUUCCCGGCGGUGCUGAGCGGGUACAGUGUGCCUCGCAGUAA